UGGUACAUUUCAGAUCCGAUAGCUCUUCGUCUGUUUAAGAAACUUUGGUCAUAAGAGACCCAUAACGUGUGAUAACCGGAGCUAAAAUGGUAUAUAUCAGAAAGGGGACUUACGGGAAGACUCUACUCUAUUGUGUUAAAGUGAACUGAUAGCAUCUGGUGGCCAUGGCUGUGUGGGAACGUGUGGAGGCGGUGCUCAACGUGGGGCUCCGGGUACCCAGUAUUAUGCUGCUGGAGGUGCUCUACCGCUGGGAUGUCAGCUCUUUCUUCCAGAAAAUCCAGAGAAGCAGCUUGAGCAACAACCCCCUGUUUCAGUACAAGUACCUGGCCCUCUACCUGCAUUAUGUUGGUUACAUCCUCAGCCUGGUGUUGCUUACUCUGCCACGGCAACAUUUGAUGCGCCUCUACCUAUAUGUACUCACCGCUCUUCUGCUGUUUGGUGGACAUCAACUUUCCAGGGAUUAUGUUCGUAGCGAGCUGGACUCGGGCUAUGAAGGACCUCUGUACCUGGAUCCACUCUCUAUGAAUCGCUUUACCACUGCUUUAAUCGGACAGUUGGUGGUGUGUACGCUGUGCUCAUGUGUGAUGCAGACCAAGCAGAUUUGGCUGUUCUCAGCUCACCUCCUCCCCCUGGUGGCUCGGCUGUGCCUUGUCCCUUUAGAGACCAUCGUUUUCAUUAAUCGCUUUGCCAUGAUCUUCACUGGGCUGGAGGUGCUGUACUUUCUUGCUUCCAACCUGCUGGUGCCCUACAACCUGGCAAAGAAUGCUUACAGAGAGCUUGCACAGGUGGUGGAGGUGUACGGACUGCUUGCACUGGGCAUGUUCCUGUGGAAUCAGCUCGUCCUGCCUAUGCUUUUCAUGUGCUUCUGGUUGGUGCUGUUUGCCUUACAGAUCUAUACCUACUUCAGCAUGAGGGAUCAGCCACCUUCACGUGAACGACUGCUCUUUCUCUUCCUCACCAGCAUUGCAGAGUGUUGUUGUAGUCCAUACUCUUUGUUGGGCCUGGUCUUCACUGUAUCCUUUGUGGUGCUGGGCGUUCUCACACUCUGCAAAUUCUACCUACAAGGCUACCGUGCCUUUAUGAACGACAAUGCAAUGAACAGGGGAAUGACUGAGGGCAUCACUUUGCUAAUUCUGUCUGUUCAGACGGGGCUGAUUGAGCUGCAGGUAAUCCACCGGGCCUUUCUACUCAGCAUCAUCCUCUUCAUUGUAGUGGCCUCUAUUUUGCAGUCCAUGCUGGAGAUUGCUGACCCCAUAGUGCUGGCACUGGGGGCCUCCAGGGACAAGAGUCUGUGGAAACACUUCCGAGCAGUCAGCCUGUGUCUGUUUCUUCUUAUAUUUCCUGCCUACAUGGUCUACAUGAUCUGCCAAUUCUUCCAUAUGGACUUCUGGCUGCUCAUUAUUAUUUCAUCCAGCAUUCUUACCUCACUGCAGGUGCUGGGCACUCUGCUGAUCUAUGUGCUCUUCAUGGUGGAGGAAAUCCGCAAGGCUCCGGUAGAGAACAUGGAUGAAGUGAUGUAUUUUGUGAACGGCACCUACAGACUGCUGGAGUUUGUGGUGGCGCUGUGCGUGGUGGCCUACGGUGUGUGUGAGACGCUCUUCGGCCAGUGGAGCGUAAUGGGUUCCACCAUCAUUCUGCUGCACGCUUACUACAACGUGUGGCUGCGGGCACAGCUCGGCUGGCAAAGCUUUCUCCUCCGCCGCGAUGCUGUAUACAAGAUCCAGAGCCUGCCAACUGCUUCAGCACUGCAGCUGCAGCAGCACAAUGACAUCUGCUCCAUUUGCUAUCAGGACAUGAAAACAGCGGUCAUUACACCCUGCGGUCAUUUCUUCCACGCUGGCUGUCUGAAGAAAUGGCUCUACGUGCAGGAAACCUGCCCCCUCUGCCACGGUCCUCUAAAGAGCCAACCCCAGUCCCCCAACACUCCCAUCCCAGCUUCUCCUGCUGCCUCACCAGCUAAUCAGAGUGCUGAACAGGAAGAACCACAAGGUGCAGUAGUAACGGAGGAGCAGACACAAGCAAAAAUAGCUGUUCCAAAGUUGGAAAGCCAAUCAGAUGUUCAGAAUUCGGCAGAUCCUGGUAGGGAAGCUGUUCAAGAAGAAUCCUGCAGCUGUGAUUUAAAAGUGGGUGAUGAAAACGGUGAAGAGCAGAUUGAGGAGACGGAUGGUAAACAAGCUCCACACUGUGCUAUGUGUGAUCUCUCAUGUCCUCCUCUGAGCGCACCACCGAGCUGUGCUCAGUAAUUUUUUCGAAGGUGACUGUUUAGACUUACCACAGUCUCACGGUAAUGCUGCCACAGGAGGGUGCCGGUUGAUGGUUCAAUCCACACACAUUUACACACAUUCAUCUCGAGUGCUGGCAAAUUAUAUUCUGAUUUAUAGUCAUGUGGUAUAAUUUUUUAGUAAAGAAAGGAAAAUUAUAUGCAGAAAAUUAUAAGAAUUAGAGAAAACUAGAUGUAAAAUUUCCCAGCUUUGUGCAGACUGGAAGCAACAAUUGUUGGAUGAUGCCCAAUCUGUCCACCACAAGUCACUAGAACAGCCAAAAUGCUCCUUAGAAAUCUACAAAUCUCUGUAAGUGCAAUGGAGGGAUUGGACACUAUCCUUCCAGAAAGAAUAUGGAUGUGGGCAUUGUCACCCCCUAAAAAGCAUUAAGAAGCAUUUAUUAAAAGAAUGUGAAAAUAUUAUUUUGGAUUUACCGACUGCUAACACAGAUCUGCUAACAGAAUCUGUUUUGUUAGAGCAUAGAAUCCAACUUCACUUCUCAUUGCAGAUAAAUUGCAGCACUCCCUAUAGCAACCAACCAUUGGUGAAGGAAGCCUGUGGCAUUGCUGCGGUGUGAAUGUACCCUGACUGAACUCAUUCCACCAAAUGGGAAAUUCUUUUCAGUUGUCUGCCAUAAUGUUUAUAUGUGUUUACUAGGUCAUGAACUUUCACUUGCACUAAAAUGAGUCAUAUUUGUUUCAGACUUCUUAAAUGUACCAUCUAAACAUUUGAUGGACAUAUGACAUUCUUGAAGGGGUUGUACCUUUCUAAAAUGAUUAUACCAUUUGAAACCAAUUAUUGAGAGUAUUUUUGUGACGAUUGUUUUUGUACUAGCUUUUUUCACCCCAGAGGCCCACUGAAACCAGAUUCCCUCAAAAUGACAAAUGUGUUUUUUCCUCCUCCAACACGUCUCGCACACUUAUUUUUCAUGAGAUGACCUACAUUAACUAUGGCGAGUACUGCAAAGUUGUUGGGGAAAUUUUAUUUCAUUGGUGCAUUGUCAGCUGGUUUGUAGCCAGGUCUUUUUUUCAUUUCAUUUUUCUGCUCUAUUGUAAGAACCUCUGCAACUUUAUGUAAAAAGAUUUCCUAAAUAUCACUUAUUCUACAUGCCGGAAUGAUUAAUAUGGGUUUGGAAAGCAACAAGUGUCUUUAAAAAAGCCCAACUUAAGACCAUUGGCGUUUUUGCAAGCAGGUCCACAAUUAAAGAUCAUUUCUAGCAAAUACCAAAAUACAUGUCUUAAAUAGAUGCUUUAGUUUAUUUGACUGUUUUAAGUGUUUGUGACUGAACACAACACGAUCAGUGCUUUAAUAACAUGAAGCACAGGUAGAUUUCUAUACACUAUCAAACUAUCGUUUUCAUAUAACCUUGUUUUCAUGCCACCCUGUAGAGGCACCGCUUCCAGGUCUUGUCUCUCCUUACCAGCAUGCAAUACUUGUGUACACGAGUGACAGCACUUUAAAAAUGUGUACAUAUGUUUAAUAUAGAAUGAUGUUUCUGGUUUUAAAAUGCCAAACAGUAUUGAAGCAGUAUUGGCAGUCAUGAUGCAGGCUUCAGGUUUGUGGGAACACUUCAAUGCCCCUGAGAGGUAGAAGUGGGAUUGAGUCUGAAGAUGCUGAACUGAGUUGUACUGUGUCUUAAUGACAGUGUUAUGUAUAGUUGGUGCGAUUGUGUAGAUGAAUACAUAUGCCAAUGUAUGAUAAAACACAAAACAUCCACCAAAACGGAUUGUUCCGGAGGUUUUGGCUUUGCACUUUUUGAAAAUAAUAAUAAAAUGACAAAAGUUUACAUUUAAA